AUGAGCAUUUUUGAAAGUGGCGUUUCAAAAUAUCGCUUCUGGAGGGUGUGUCUUCGCAAAGAACACACACGACGUCGCUAUCCCUCCAUCGCGUGGGACCGCCUUGACGAUCGCCUGGUUCAAUUCCAUCCUCGCCUCCGCCGCAUCCUUGACGAUCCCAAAUACUGCUCCUGCUACAAGAGUGCGUUGCACAAGAAAGUGCGGAAGCACGGCAGGAAGGUCCUCUCCAAGAAUAUCCUGCACGGGACCGGAUACUGUGGCCUGAGAGGCCAUGUGAUUCUCUCAGAGCAUGUCGUGCGUCAUUUUGCACGUGAUAUCGACUCCCUGGCCGGGACCGAUAGCCUUGCUUCGAAGUAUGGUACAGUUGUCUAUGCCCAGGAGGUCUUGGUGCCUGAGCUACUGGAGAUGUUGGUCCAGGAGGACAUGGGAGUUGACACCAAAAGGGCCCGCCAGAUUCUGAAGGAGAGCAACACGAUCGGGGAUAUGCUUAAUCAUGAGUAA